CAUGUCCUCCAAAGGAUUUCUUCUCGUUCAUAAAAACGAAUGGGAAAGAAUAGCCAGAAAGCAGAAUCAUACAGAAAAUGUGCAAACAAAGGAAGAUUACAUAAAAUCUUUAAACGAAAUGUCUCAAAGUUGGAUGAAAUCUUGGCCAGAUACUGUGCAGGGCCAUGUAAAUAUCAUCGAACGAAAUAAAGAAAUUGAACGCCAAAAAAACAUAGCUUUCAUCAAUCAAUUUCUUUCCAAAAAGAAAGACAUUAAUAGGGGAGAAAUUAUACAAAAAGCCAGGGAACAAAUUUUUGACGACAGCUGUUAUGGGAGACAAUUAAUAAGCGCUCUUCUAGAAUCGAAAACGUUAGAAGAACGAGAGAUCCAAAUUGAAUUUCAGAAGAAAUUACAAGACGAAGCCAACUUGCUAGAACAAAAGAAACCUCAGUGGAGUUCUCUUGAAAGCGCUGCUGAUAUGGAAAAAAAUGAAAAUGACAUUAAACGGCAACAAAGAGAAAGGAAUAUUGAAGUAGCUCGAAUUAACAAGGCUAUGUGCAAUAAACGAAAAGAAAUAGAAAUUCAAAGGAAACAAAGAGAAAUUAUAACUAAAAUGGAAGAUAGAUCUGCAAUUCAUGAUAUGGAUAUUAUAGAAGCAAAAGAAAUGGCAAAAAUGAAGAACAAUUUAAAACAGGACUACGAACAAUUUGUUAAAGAGCAGAAAGCUUAUAAAGAAGCAAAAAUCAAACGAGAACUAGAAAUUGACAAUGAAAUCGAGAAAAUCAAAGAAAAACAGGAUCGAACAAAUCGUAAAAUAAAAGCGAUAAACGACAAGAUUAUCAAGGAACAAUGCAAUAACAGCAAUACAGCAAUAGUAUACAGACAAAUACAAAAUAUCCAAGAUGAAGCACAAAAACGCUUUGAUAAGUUCAUCGAAAUCGGAAUCGAACGAUUAGAAAAGGCCCAAAUCGAAGAUACCAAAAAACAGACCGCAAAACAGAAGCCUCCCAUACAAAAUAAAAUGAAUACUCAAAUAAUAGAUCAAAAAUCCAAUUAUGAUCACAUUUAUUACGACGAAUGUGUAUGUAAUAGACAAUGCAUUAUAGCUAAGUCUUGCAAAGAAAGGAAAUGUAAGGAAAAAUCCCCAUGUGUCUGUACGGAUAAAAAUAUUAAUUUCGAAAGAACUCGCAACGAAAUGGUUGAAGAAUAUAAGAAGCGACAAAAACAGGCUUCCUGUUGGAACGGGCUUAAAGCUUCACAUAAACAAUUUGCUGAACAAGCUAGUAAGGUUCUACAGGAUUGCCGAUACAAGAAUACUGCUAGACAUGUUGUUAAUGACUACCGACGCCUUUGCCAUUUGGAUGAAGAUUCUCUUCCUAUAACGAACUAUUAAUAUUGUAUUGUUAUUGGUCUAUUAAAUUGAAC